AGUGAAUAAAAGAGACCAGUGUCAAAUAAAAAAUCGACAUUAAGCAUUUCAUCCCGUGAGCUGUCAAACGCAAUGUUUUGAGGAGUAAUGGUUGUCGAAUUAUUCUGUAAAAAUUCCAACCUCGUUUCUUCCAGAAAAUUAGUGCACUUGCAAGCAAUACAGUGAAAUAUAUAAGUGGUGUAACGAUUAAGCAAACGAGUGUAGUGAACGCGUAAGCACGAUGUAUGGUUUUGAUGGCGAUUAUCGUCGACGUCCCAUCCAAAGCUUAGGUGGACGAUCGCAGAAUAAUGAUCGCGAAACAAUUAUACGUAAGGCUCAGCAGGAACGACAGAAACGCAAUGAACUGCGACGACAGAAUAAUGGUGCAAUUGUCCUGCAGUCCUAUGCCCGCAGCUUCAUUGAUCGACAGCGGAAGAAACAUUCGGAACGAGAAUUAUUCGAUCAAUACUACCAGGCGAACAAAAAUUACUUGGGCGAGGAGAAAAAUCUGGAAUAUUUGUUGAAACGGCUGACGUUUUUCUAUUGCAAAACUAACGAAAAGGAUCGUGAACGAUUGAUCGAUAUUUGCCAAUGUUUGAUACGUAAUCCGCAGAAACCUCUUACCAAAUCCGUAUCGGAUGCAUUGUGGUUACAUCGAAUGAAGCGCGUCCUUUUCAUCUGCCUUGAACAGCUCACCGUGCCGAAUAUUCCACCCGCGAUUCCUCUUCGUGUAUUGGAGACAUUCACAACAGAUACACUGGUGGAAAAAUAUUUGCAUAAUGAAGAGUACGUCGGGAAAUACUUGGAUAGUAUUUUUAAAUUCCUGAUAGAUCGCAAAUACUUCAAAGUAAUACGGAGUAUAUUAGAAUAUAAAUGUCCACCGCUCGAUGGUAUCACAACGCAUCCACCAAAUCAAUUUACUGAUGCACUGUAUCAGAUGCUUAUUCGACCACUAAUUCUACUGAAUCGUGGCAUUGCAAACGGCACAUUUAUUUCGCAAUCCUUUGUUGAACAUAUCUUGGCACCUAAGUUCUCAGAACCUAUACAAUAUUUUAUAUUGCCGUGCUUGUCGCAAUUGAAGGAAUUCCCAUUUGCAAAUUUGCUCAUAUAUUUGGAAAAUGCCAUGACGAAAAUGAGUAUCGACAAUGAUGACAACAGCUUUGGGGAACUAUCUACUUUUGUACUAUAUUCCGUGUUGACAUUGGAUCAGAUUCAUUUAGAUAAAUUGCAUAAUGCUUCACUAUUAGCAUCUUACAUUCGACUUAUUUCUGAAAUUUCAUCAAAUGUCUUGAAUCUGCCGAAAUCAUCAAAGGUAUGUCGAGAUGAGGAUGGAGACUCGACUGACUCGGAUUCUGAUGAGAAAUCGGUAAUAAAUAUAACUGUGAUAGAGCAGAAUUGUUUGCUGGAAAUUAUUGAAAUGCUAAACGAAGCUAAUCGAGCGUAUGUAAUCGUGAGCAACGUUGGACUAUUUAUUGAUAAACCUGAUAUCCUCUACUGCCUUUGUCGGAUUUGUCACAACUUAAUGAUCUACAACAAAGCAGCUAUUUUUGACUAUAAAUUAUUGUACAGUUUGGCAUUUAAUCCAGAAUUCAUUCGAACACUUUGGUACACAAUGACCUCGCAGUCCAAUCAAUUGGGAUUUUCUUCGCCGUUAAGUUUGUUAUCAAAAGGCGUCGUGCCCAAAGUAAACAGUGAAAUGAACCGAAUCAUACCGAUCCUUGCAACUUUCUGUGCAUUAUUCGGGCGCUUGGUACCUACAUUGCAUGACGGCGAAUUUUGUCAAGAAGAUCUAAUGACUGACACACCGAAUAAACUUAUGCCGUUCACUAUAUCAGAAAUAAUUCCAUUAAGCAAAACAUUGAAAGAAAUUUCAAUUGGAUUGGUUGAAUUGGCGUUCCCUGAUACGAGAUCCAAUUUGAACGAGCAUUAUCGAUCUGUACUGGGUAGAAGUGAUGUGGACGAGGAAGAUAUUCAGAAAAGUAAACAAAUUUGGGCAAACUUGCUCAAAGUCGUUGUGUCCGUACUGAACCAAAUAUAUACUAGAGAUUUACGAAAAGGAUUUUGUCCAGAAGGACAUUGGACGGUGCAAACCUUAAAUCUACCGCUCGAUAAACCAACGGAUUUACCUUUAACAAGAGGCAGUCGACGUGGGCCACGUCCAUUCCAACCAAUUAGAGAUUUCACACGGGCAGAUUUUGAAGAUGGACCUCCCAUGUCAAUUAAGCAAAUCCGCUCUAUUACUAUUUUAAGGGAAAUUCCAUUUGUUGUGCCAUUUAGCACACGAGUAGGAAUACUUCAGGGUCUAGUCGCGGCUGAUAAGCUAAGAGUACAAGGGGAAUUUCAGGGAUUUUUGCAAGGACCUUCGAUUCAAUUUGUAGUAAGACGAUCUCACCUCUAUGAGGAUGCUUUUGAUAAGUUGAGACCCGAAAACGAGCCGGAUCUCCGCCAUCGGUUCCGGGUACAGUUCAUCAGUAGCAUUGGAUUGGAAGAAGUGGGCGUUGAUGGUGGAGGAUUAUUUAGAGAAUUUUUGUCAGAGCUGAUUAAAACUGCAUUCGAUCCCAACAGAGGCUUUUUCAAAGUAACAACCGACAACAAACUCUAUCCGAACCCCAGUGUCAGUGAGAUAGUGCCAGACUUUGCAAAGCAUUACUAUUUUAUCGGACGUAUUUUGGGCAAAGCUAUUUAUGAAAAUCUCCUCGUCGAGUUACCAUUAGCAGACUUCUUUUUAUCAAAGUUAGCUGGAAAACAUUCCGAUCUCGAUGUUCAUCAAUUGGCCUCACUUGAUCCUGAACUCUAUCGAAAUUUGCUAUCGUUAAAAGCCUAUGAAGGUGAUGUUAGUGAGCUGGGUCUCGACUUCACCGUAGUCACAAAUGAUUUAGGCAAAACAAAAAUAGAAGAACUGAAACCUAAUGGUCAAUCGAUUCAAGUUACUUCGGCAAAUCGUAUUGAAUACAUUCAGCUUAUGGCGGACUAUAAACUGAAUAAACAAAUAAGGCAACACUGUAUUGCGUUUCGCAAAGGAUUAUCGAAUGUGUUGCCGGUUGAAUGGCUGUAUAUGUUUAGCAAUAAGGAGCUGCAAGUUUUAAUAUCAGGUGCUGAGAUUCCUAUUGAUAUUGAAGAUUUGAAGAAACAUUGUCGAUAUGGAGGCGAGUACAGUCCGACCCAUCCAACAAUUAUCUGCUUUUGGUCGGUUGUGGAAAGUUUUAGUGAUAUUGAAAAAAGACAGCUAUUACGAUUCGUGACCAGUUGUUCGCGACCACCUCUUCUAGGUUUUAAGGAUCUAGAUCCGCCAUUUUUUAUUCAGAACGCUGGCGACGAAGAACGACUACCCACAGCAAGCACAUGUACCAAUUUACUGAAAUUGCCUGCAUUCAAAACAGGCGAACAAAUGAAGGAGAAACUUUUAUACGCAAUACAGUCGGGUGCAGGAUUUGAACUCAGUUAAGUUUUUCGUACAUAUCAACUGUAAAAUAUAAAUAUAUUAGACAGUCAGAUAAUACGAAAAUCUUUCUAAAAAUUAAGAGUAAAUAUAAAUAAUAUUGUAAUACUAAAUGGAAUAAAACUUGUAUAUUAUUACGUGUAGUGUCCAAGUUUCGAAUAUAUAUAAUAUAUUGUGAAAUUCUUUUUAAGGGCAAUGAAAGUGUUUUUAUCGGAAAGAA